AGACUAUAGUAUAAUUUAAAAUAUUAAUAUGUCUUUUUUAACAAUAAAUACACUUAUUAUUUUGCUCGUUAUUAUUUUAACUGAUGGACGUUACACUCCGCCGCAGGCUAAAGUUGAGCCGCUUUAUCCCAAGGGCAUAAGGAUUUCUAUUCCAGAUGAAAAGGGGAUAAGUUUGGUCGCGUUUCAUGUCAAGUUUAAUGAAGAGUUUGAAGGAAUCGAAGCCGGCACGAUUGCCAGAGAUAUUUUGAGAGUUAAGAAUGGACGCUGGACUUAUGAAGAUGCUACGACAGAACUUAGUUUUGGGGACAUUGUUUACUAUUGGGUCCAUGUUGUUUAUGAAGGUCUUGGCUACAAUUUACUGUUCCAGGAGCAUCGUGUUAAUGCAUUUUAUAAUAAAGACGGAACACGAGCAAGUGUGCAAAGUUCAACCACUGAAGAACCACAGAACUGCAAAAUGUCAGUCACAAAAAUAUACGAUUCAUCUGGUACAAAUUAUGAACAACCUUGUCAAAAGCAAUUGAUAUUUGAAGACAACUUCGAUUUAUUUAACGACUCAAUCUGGAGACGGGUCGAACGAUUCACUUCAACGCCUGAUUACGCAUUUGUAAUCUACCGCAAUAAUGAAAAAAAUAUAAAAAUAGAUGCAGGAAAACUUUAUUUGAGCCCAACGUUAGUUGAGAGUGAAUUUGGAAGAGAUUUCAUACGUCACGGCAAUAUAACACUUACCAAAUGUACAGAAUUGGCUGACUCUCACGACUGCAAAAGGGAAGCACGUGGCGCUUAUAUUUUACCACCAGUGACGUCUGGUUACGUCGACACUAAGAAUAAAUUUGGAUUCGUCUAUGGCAAAGUUGAGGUUCGAGCAAAAUUACCUCGGGGAGAUUGGAUUUACCCAAUAAUCAGCUUGGAGCCGCUGCAAGACGCCGAAGCAACAAGUUACCCUCAAUUGAGGAUAGCAAUGUCUUUCGGAAACGCAGUACUUACGUCAAGUGGAGGCGCAGACUUGAGUGGGCAUGUCCUGACUGCCGGAAAAUUUCAAAGGAACGACGGUCAAGGUCUUAUUGACCAGCGAAUGAACUUACAAGAUAAGCCGCAAAGAUUUGCGGCUAAUUAUUGGUCCGAUGAGUAUCACAUUUAUCAGCUGGAGUGGACGGAAUCUAAAAUAAUCGUCAGAGUUGAUAAUGUCGAGUAUGGAUCCAUGAGCUCGGAAUCACCUUUUGAUAAACCUUUUUAUAUUGCACUUGGUGUUGCUGUGGGAGGUCAUGAAGAGUUUCCGGAUGGUUCUAUGAGUGAUGGGUAUUACAAGCCAUGGAAAAAUGUCGGUUCCAAGGCACUAUUUGAUUUUUACAACUCUACGGAAUUAUGGUCGAGGACAUGGCUGGGUAACGACAAAGAUCUAAAAAUUGACUAUGUUCGUGUAUGGGCUCUCUGAUAUUAAUUAAUUUUCUAGAGCUAUCUAGCACUUAUGUAUAAUUUUUUUAUCUCAAUAAAAAAAUGGAUUUCAAACUUGGG